AUGAUGGUGUUGUACAGAUCACUCAUAACGUGCCUGACACCUAUUCGAGACUACCUAUGCCUUGGACCCAGGGUAGAGGUGCUGAAGAACGAGAGAAUCGGGCUGACAGAUCGCAGAGGCGCCGCAUACGGUUAUCUACUGAAACCGUUGAAUGUGCCGAUGAUCGAGGAUGAAACAGAAGUGGGCCAUCAUAUAGGCGCCGUGGUCGAUGUGACUGAUCGAGAUGGUGUUGUCGAGUUCGGCGAUCGCCUCAAAGUAUUCAAAGGAUUCCGCUUGAAUAAUGGAGGAAUCGCUGAAUGGGAUCGUGCGGGGGCUGGCGUUGACGUCGGCUCAAGGGCAUCAGCAGCUGAUGAUAUUGUGAAGCUCCGAUGGACACUACUGGGUGUGAACGUCGGACCGACAGCCAGUCGAACAAUUGUCGGCCCUGGUCCCGGGACUCUGGGACGGGCCAAGGGUGCAGCUCUGAAAACGUACACGCCGUUCCCAUCGUUCUACCGUGGCUACUACAAUCGCGGUGACUGGUACCGUAAUCAGUUUUACAACCAA